AUGGCUUCCUCAGAGACUUCAUUGCUUCCUAUUGAUAUAAUAGAAGAAAUAUUCUGUAGGAUUCCAAUAGAAUAUUUGACACAAUUCAAAUUGACGUGCAAACAAUGGCACGCUCUCUUGAAGGACAAGAGAUUCAUCUACAAGUACUUGGAUCUCGUCCAAGAAAGGUUCAUAAAAAUCGACCAUACGGUUCAGAUCAUCAAUCAUGUGCAAGGAGCUCGCUCAUCUUCACCAAUACCAGAAGAGUUUCACGAUUCCGAGAUCUCAACUACUGUUCAUUGCGAUGGAUUAUUGUUAUGUAGAUGCAAUAAAACAAGAACAAGAAGCUGCAAACUCGCAGUUUGGAACCCGUUCUUGAAACGUAUCAAAUGUAUCAAACCAAUGAGUUUUUACUCGGUCAAUGAUUUCUACGGUAUAGGAUACGACAAUAUAUCUCGUGAAGAAUACAAAAUUCUAAGGAUUUUCGAAGGAGAGCUUGAAGACGACGAGAGAGCAGUGAUUGGACCUUGUGAGCCAGUGAUUGAAAUAUAUGAUUUUAAAUCUAAUGCAUGGAGAAUAAUUGUUGAUGAAGCUGCUUUGGAUUGGUCUAUCGAUCCACCAUGCAAAGGAGUUUCCAUAAAAGGAAACAUGUAUUGGGUCGCACACUGGAACAAGAAACCCGUACUUUUCAUCCUAUGUUUUGAUUUCUCGACAGAAACAUUCAAAGUCGUAUGCAACGUUCCGUUCCAAUGCAGUGUGUUAGAUACAGCAUCGUUGUCAAGUUUUAGAGGAGAUAGGCUUUCUUUGUUACAUCAACGUGAAGAAACAACGAAGAUUGAAGUGUGGGUCACAAAAACAUUGGAUGAUGAUGUUGUCUCGUGGGAAAAGUACUUAGACGUGACUAAUCCUGACCUCCCGACAUUACAUACGGAUCAUGAUCUCGCUCAUCCUAGCUACUUUGUCGACGAGAACGAUAGUAUCAUGGCGUGGUGCGAAGAGGUGAUGGAAGAUGCAGCAGAUGAUUAUGUUUGCGUAAGUGUUUGCAAGAUUAGUAAAUAUGGGAUUGCUAAGAAAAUUGUUGAGACAGGACGAUGUAAUUUGGGUGACUAUCAUGAUAGGCCUUUUGUAUGUGGACAUGUUUACCUUCCAAGUCUGGUUCCGGUUCCAGAGUAAAACUUGUGUGUGGGUUGUUUUGUUGUGUCGUUUCAAGAUAUUUUAUGUUCUAAGCUUUGCAUUGUUGAUGUUUUCG